AUGCACUAUUUCUGUACUCAAACUUUAGAAUCCUUAGGUAUUGGUAUAGAAAGCUAUGCAAAUUCGAAGCAUAUUGGAGUCAAUUAUGUGUUUAUUGGCCCUCUCACUGCCAAAUAUCGCCCUGUCAUUGCUAAGGCUGCUAAAGAAGACCGAAACACCAAAACGAAUAGUAUGAUUUGUGCUGACUGUGAUGGGAAUGGAGCUGUUCAAUGCUCUCAAUGCAAAGGUAAUGGAGUGAACUCUGUUGAUGUUUUCAAUGGACAGUUUAAAGCUGGUGACUCCUGUUGGCUUUGCGGAGGAAGGAAGGAGAUGUUAUGUGGAAAUUGCAACGGGGCAGGCUUUGUUGGUGGCUUCUUGAGCACUCAUGAUCAGUAGGAACAGAGUCCUUGAAUUGCUGAGAAUACUUAUUAUAUGUCUGUGCACAUAUACAUGUAUAUUAAGGCCUUCAAUACUUUCACUCUGCAGAUUUUAUAGUUGGUACUUACGAGUUCAUUUGAAGACUUUAGUGGUUGUUUAAAAACAAAAAAAUAAGAGCUUAGUAUCAUAUUUAUCUAUCCAUUACAUACUGUGGUAGCUGCCACAUCUCUCUGAAAUUCCUUUCAUUUAAACAAAACUCAUCAUAUUAGCUUUGGCAGUCCUUUCGAGAUUACUUAAAGUUACUCAACCCAAUGGGGGACUAUAUAUUUUAAGCACUUGGGGAAUAAGAACACCUAAGUAU